AUGGGUUCACUUGAAAGCGGGCCGCCACUGAAAAGGGAUCACCGUUUGCUGCGUUAUUCUUCAUCCGUUAGGAACAGUAACAGUAACAGCAGCAGGAGCAGAUCAAGAUUUUCCAGAUUUGUGCUUUGCAAGAAGAUUGACUAUCUGCAGUUGAUUUGUGGGGUGGCCGUCUUUUUCUUAUUUGUUUUCCUCUUACAGAUUUUCUACUUGCCUGGCUCCGUCACGGAGGAUGGAGUUAAAUCUGGUGAAUUCGAAAGAACCCAUGAUUUUUCAUGGAGGGAUGUUGAGGAGAAUCUGACAUUCUUGAAAGAGUUGGAUUUUGGUGAGGAUUUGAAGUUUGAGCCUUUGAAAAUCACGGAGAAGUUUCGCAAGGGUGUUGAUGUAGCGAAGAAAAGUGUCGGUUCUGAGAAUGUUUUGAGAUUUGGGUACAGAAAACCAAAGCUUGCCCUGGUAUUCUCGGAUCUGUGGAUCGAUCAACAUCAGAUACUAAUGGCGACAGUUGCUAGAGCAUUGCGGGAAAUCGGAUAUGGAAUUGAGGUUAUUUCAUGGGAAAAAGGUCCAGCUCAGUCUAUCUGGAGAAAGAUGGGAAUUCCUCUGACUGUCAACGUGGGUGAUGAGAACACUAAGUGCAGUGUAGAUUGGCUAAACUAUGAUGGCGUACUUGUGAAUUCUCUUAAUGCUGCAGGUUUCUUGUCUUGUCUCAUGCAGGAACCUUUUAGAAAUGUCCCUCUUGUAUGGACUAUCCAUGAACAGGCACUUGCUUCUCGUUUGAGAAAAUAUGUUUCGAGUGGUCAAAGUGAGCCGAUCAAUAUCUGGAGAAAACUCUUCUCGAGAGCCACUGUUAUUGUCUUCCCAAACUAUAUUCUGCCGAUGACUUAUUCGGCUUGCGAUCCUGGGAACUAUUUUGUCAUCUCUGGCUCUCCAAAAGAAGCUUGGGAAGCUGAUAAGCAAAUGGUUUCAAUGAAAGAUAGUUCAAAUUUCAAAGAAAUGGGGUAUUCACCCGAUGAUUUUGUUAUUGCAAUUGUGGGGAGCCAGCUGUCAUAUAAAGGCAUGUGGCUCGAUCACGCCUUUGUCUUACAGGCAUUGCAUCCGCUUCUUACGGACUUUGGCGAAUUGAGUUCUCGUCUUAAAAUCAUUGUCUUGACUGGGGAUUUGACCGGUAACUACAGCAAAAUCGUGGAGACAAUUUCUCUGAACUUGGGUUAUCCAAAGGGGGCAGUGAAGCAUUUUCCUGUUAAUGUAAACACUGCCACCGUUAUAAGUAAUGCACAUCUCGUGAUAUACGGAUCGUUUCUCGACGAGCAUUCUUUCCCCGACAUUUUGCUGAAAGCCAUGUGCUUGGAGAAACCUAUAGUAGCCCCGGAUCUUCCAUCAAUACGAAAAUAUAUCAGUCACAAGGUGAAUGGUUAUAUUUUCCCGAAGGAAGACAUGAGUUUUCUCAGUCAGAUAAUAUUACGAGCCGUCUCGAAUGGAAAACUCUCCCUCUUAACCACUAACAUCGCGUCUAUGGGAAAAAGUACAGCUAAAAACCUAAUGGCCUCAGAAAGCGUGGAAGGUUACACGUCACUACUCGAAAACAUUCUCUUUCUACCCUCAGAGGUUUUUGUCCCCAAAGCUGCCAACAAUAUUCCUGAAAAGCUGAAAGGCGAAUGGCAGUGGCAUCUUUUUGAAGCAAUUGGAGGUACUCAUUCCCUUUACCGAGCCGGGACUGAGUUUUUGGAUAGAGUCGAGAAGCAAUUUAAUGGUAGCAGUGGAAAUAAAGCGGUGGCUUCAGGUGAGAAGUUUUCGUAUGAGAUAUGGGAAGAGCAAAAGUACAUUGAUACUAUCACUGUAAGAAAGAGGAGAGAGGAUGAAGAGUUGAAGGAUAGAACAGAUCAACCUCGGGCAACUUGGGACGAUGUAUAUAGAAAUGCCAGAAGGGCAGAUCGGUCAUUACACGAAAUAGAUGACGAAGAACUCGAGAGGACUGGUCAACCACUGUGUAUCUAUGAACCUUACUUUGGAGUUGGGGCCUGGCCCUUUUUGCACCAUACUUCUCUAUAUAGAGGGCUUGGGUUGUCAACGAAAAGUCGAAGGCAAUGGGUUGAUGAUAUUGAUGCUCCUUCGCGUCUCCCUCUUUUGAACGAUGCUUAUCAUCGAGAUUUAUUGGGAGAAUAUGGAGCAUUUUUUGCGAUUGCUAACCGGAUUGACCGUAUUCACAAGAAUGCUUGGAUAGGAUUUCAAUCUUGGAGAGCUACUGCAAAGAUGAAAUCUUUGUCUAAAAGUGCCGAAAGAUCGUUAUUGCAUGCUAUCGAAGCACAAAGGCAUGGUGACACGUUGUACUUCUGGGCUCGUUUGGACAUGGAUCAAAGAAACCCAUUGAAACAGGAUUUCUGGUCAUUUUGUGAUGCUAUUAAUGCUGGAAAUUGCCAGUUUGUGUUUGCUGAGACUCUAAAGCAAAUGUACGGCAUAAAUCAUAACUUGAGUUCUCUUCCAUCAAUGCCUUCUGAUGGAGGCACUUGGUCUAUCAUGCAUUCGUGGGUUUUACCGACCAAAUCCUUCACAGAGUUUGUUAUGUUUUCAAGAAUGUUUGUAGAUGCACUCGACACAAAAUUCUACGACGAACACCACAAAAAUGGUCGAUGUUAUCUCAGUUUAUUCAAGGACAAGUAUUGUUACUCUCGUUUGCUUGAGCUGCUUGUGAACGUUUGGGCGUAUCAUAGUGCAAGAAAGAUGGUGUACGUGGACCCACAGACAGGUGUCAUGCAAGAACAACACGACCUCAAAGGGCGAAAAGGUCAAAUGUGGGUCAAAUGGUUCCAGCUCACCACUCUCAAGACAAUGGACGAGGAUUUAGCCGAGGAGUUUGAUUCGGACCGACCCAAAAGGCGGUGGCUUUGGCCGUUGACCGGGGAGAUAUUCUGGCAAGGGAUAUAUGAGAAGGAGAGGAAUAUGAGAAAUAAAGAGAAAGAAAAGAAAAGGCAACAGAGCAAAGAUAAAAUCGAAAGGAUUAGGAAAAGAACUCGUCAGAGGGUCAUUGGCAAGUACGUGAAGCCUUCUCUCUCAACUGAGUCGAAUUCUACGAGUUUGGAGUUCAUUCCUUUGAGGUAG